AUGCCUUCACCAAUACCCCAGCCCCGGGGGCUCCCCAUUCUGGGGAAUCUAUUCGACAUGAUCCCGGGUAAUGCAUGGGCUUCUUUGAACAAACUCGCGGCUGAGCACGGGGCUGCUGGCAUAUUCAAAAUCACAGUACUGGGUAAGCAGCUUGUCUUCAUCACAAACGCCGCUCUACUAGAGGAGAUCUGCGACGAGAAGCGCUUCCGGAAAAGUAUCACAGGCCCUAUCGUUGAGAUUCGUCGCUUGGCCAACGACAGUCUCUUCACUGCUUACGACCAUGAGCCAAGCUGGGGGAUCGCACAUCGCCUCAUGGCUCCCUUCGUUGUGCCCGAGGCCGUCAAGGCAAUGUAUCAAGAUAUCGAGACCACAACGGACGACUUGAUUCACAAGUGGACUCCAACAGACGAUAUCCGGAGGCGUGUGGAUGUCUCAAAUGACCUAGACAGACUCAACCAUGCCGCCAACAUGUUGUGUUUCUUCGGUCAGCAUACUGACUGCGUCUUGGGUGACGAGCCUCCUGUGAUAAAAGCCAUGUCAGACACAACCUUUGAAGCCGUUCGUCGACCUUCGCGACCUAAGCUCCUUACCUGGCUCCGAUAUCAGUCCAAGUUCGAAAAGGAUAUCAAAAUCGUUCGAGACUAUUGUGCACAGGUCAUUGCCGACCGGCGCGCAAACCCUACUGGAAAAGUCGAUCUACUCCAUGCCAUGCUUCACGGAAAGGACCCCGAGACAAGUGAAUCACUACCUGAUAGCCGGGUAAUUGACGAGAUCAUCAAUAUCUUUAUCGGAAGUGCUACGACGCCAAAUCUAGUCACAUUUGCACUCUACUAUCUAGCCAAGAACCCGAGUGAGAUCAUUCGGGCCCGACAGGAGAUUGACUCUACCAUCAGCCCUUCGGGUGAGCUUCAACAAUCUGAUCUCUCGCAGCUAGCAUACUGCGAGGCCAUUCUUCGUGAAUCGUUCCGUCUAUGUGCCACGGCACCAGGGUUCAACAUUGAGCCCUUGCCUACUGAUGGGCCUGUGUUGCUCGGCGGAGGAGAAUACGAGAUCCCCAAGACCCAGACCAUGAUUGUGAUUCUCUCGGCAGUCAAUCGAGACCCAGUGAUCUUCGAAAACCCUAAUGCCUUCAAGCCGGAGCGCAUGCUAGGUGAGAAGUUUGAGCAGCUACCCGCCGGUGUGAAGAAAGGGUUCGGAAACGGCAGACGCGAGUGCUAUGGGAAACAUUAUGCAUGGCAGUGGUCACUUUAUGUCCUAGUUCGAAUCAUCAAGGAUGUGGAUUUCGAGUUGGCGGAUAAAGACUACACUUUUGACAUGGAAGGGAAGAACUUCAAUGGGGCUUUCACUGUGAAGCCUUAUGGCAUGUUUGCAGCCACGAAGAGGAGGAGUCCUCCUGUGUGA